AUGAGUAGAGAUACCUUCAGCGCGCUGGCGUUGACGCAAAUAUUCGUGCUGUGGAUCCGCUCCAUUACGCCUCUCAGCGUGUUCUAUUGUGUGGCAUGGAUAUUGAAUUAUCUACCUAAGCACUGGGCUGCAAAGUUACUCGGACUUUACGCCCUCGCUGAAACCUGCUUCUAUUUCCUCGUAUUUCUCCCCCGAAAUCGUGCUCUUCAACAGGAUGCCAUUCACCCCGACACCGAUCGGGAAUCUAGACAAGAGCUAGUCCGGAAGUGCAUUGAGAAUAUCCCGAACCCAGAGCGGUUCAUCUCGCUAUGGAACCGAGGUACACCUCCCAGUCAAGUUCACCGUGAGAAUUUCAAGGAAUGGCUGUGUUGGGCCUAUUUCAACAAAAGCACCUGGGAUGACCACGAAGAUGAAGAACUCAAUAACUAUGUUCAGAAAUUUGAAACUCUUCUGGGAUAUCUAUUGCCAGAGGGCAGGGAUCCCUCGAAGUCUCUACGAGUAUCCUUAGACCCCGGCAAUAUCUAUCACCGGCCGCUGGUCUAUUACGUUUUGGGAAUUGGCGGGGCCGAUCUCGUAACAUAUCUGUUUAUGAGGUACCAUGGGUAUCAGCAUUACGCGCUGUCGCGGUGGUGCUUGAGUUUUCCCUUCCGACCCCAGACCAUAUUCAGUCAACAUCGCUCAACAGCAAAACAUCUUUCGUACUGGUAUCGGCCGCAUACUUCAAAAGACAGCCUACCCAUUAUGUAUAUCCAUGGAAUUGGGAUUCUCUACACGUACAUGCGGCUUUUCGGGGAGCUGUCACGGGCCCUAGAUGCGGACAGCCUCACCCAAACAAAUGGUUCGACCGGCGUGAUAGUAUUCGAAGUCUUGCCAAUCAGCCUCCGGAUGACGCACCCAGCUCUCCUCAAGAGCGCACUUUGCGCCGAAAUCCUUUCCGUGCUCGACCGUCACAAAUGGGAUAAAUUUGUUCUGAUGGCAACUUCCUUCAGCAGCGUGAUCUCGUCUCAAAUGCUGCAUGACACCUUGCUUGCGCCGCGGAUCGGUCCGAUCAUCUUCACUGACCCCGUGCCAUUCCUCCUUCAUUUGCCUGACAUCACCUACAACUUUACCCAGCGCAAGCCCAAAACAGCCUGUCAGCUACAGCUAUAUUAUUUUGCGUCUCGAGACAUGGGUGCUGCGCACACCCUAGGUCGCCGGUUUUUCUGGAACGAGAGCAUUCUUUGGAAAGAAAACAUCCUUGGACAAGGCAGGCGAGUGAGCGUGAUCCUAUGCGAGAAAGAUAUUGUUGUUGAUACAACUGCCGUCGGUCACUACUUGACCCGCUCAGAUGGUGUGCGCGCCACUGAUGACUGGGAGUGCGAUGACGACAGCUGGAAGAGACGCGGUUGGGAGGGUGGAGAGUUAGAUGUCCUCUGGAUGGAUGGGCUCCAUCAUGCCGAGCUCCUUAACACGAAGCGCGAUCGACAGAUCUUGAUUGAUAUCGCGUUGAACUAUGCCACAGGAGCGGAGGAGCCAAUUAGAGAGCGUGGUAACUUGUGA